CAGAAGUUAGAACCAUAAAUAGUCCUAGGCUCCUAGCUAGUCACUUCUCAAUGUUGUGUUUGAGUUUUUGGUAGAUUAUCCUUUGCAGCAGCAACAAUGGCAGACGAGGUUGUUCUGUUAGAUACAUGGGUCAGCAUGUUUGGUAUGAGGGUCAGAGUUGCUUUGGCUGAAAAGGGAGUCAACUAUGACUACAAGGAACAGGAUCUCAAGAACAAGAGCCCUUUGCUUCUUGAGAUGAAUCCAAUUCACAAGAAGAUCCCAGUUCUCAUCCAUAAUGGUAGACCAAUAUGUGAAUCUUCAAUUAUAGUUCAGUACAUUGAUGAAGUUUGGAAUGAUCAAUCUCCUUUCAUGCCUUCUGAUCCUUAUGAUAGAGCUCAAGCCAGAUUCUGGGUUGAUUUUAGCGACAAAAAGAUAUAUGAAACUUGGAAGAAAAUGUGGCUUUCAGAAGGGGAAGAACAUGAGGCAGGGAAAAAGGAGUUAAUCUCUAUUUUCAAGCAACUUGAGGAUGCAUUGGGAGACAAAAUAUUUUAUGGGGGUGACUCAUUUGGGUUCCUUGACAUUGGUCUAAUCCCAUUUUCUUGUUGGUUUUAUACCUUUGAGACUUAUGGAAACUUCAAAAUGGAAGCAGAGUGUCCUAAACUAAUGGCAUGGGUCAAAAGAUGCUUUCAGAGAAAGGCUGUAUCCAACACGCUCCCUGAUGACAAGAAGGUCUAUGAUUUCGUAUUGGCCAUGGAGAAAAUACUUAAAAAUAAAUAAAUAAAUAAAUAAAUUUUCUUUCAUAUAAUAUAUAUUGGAAGGAUUUAUUUAUACCAUAUAUAAACUUUAUAGUGUUUUGUGUUGUAUUUGGUGGGUUUCUGGGAUAUAUAGUAAAUAAUGGCUUUGAUAGACAUUUUGGUGUGUCUAAUAUGUGAAGCUGAGGAGGGGUUCAAUACUUGAAUGCUUUUUACGUUUGUAUAAGUUGUGUAAUUAUGAUCAAUAAAAUAAAAGCUUAUGUUA